UCGAACAAAUUAGCUAGGAGAAAUAUCCGAGCGCGUCUUUGAGCUGCACUUUUUCUCCAGCGCUUCUGACGAGAUUGAGUGUAGAGUGUGCGUUGGCGAUUUGCAAUUGGUACAGCCGUCGUCUUCCUUUAGUGUUCCGAUCUGUCAUCACUUUUGCAGUUGGACUGUGCUGUCAUUUAAACUCUCGACACAUCCACGGAUAUGGAUUCUGUUAUGAAAUCCAUAUUGUAAUUGCACCAGUCAGGCUUAAUAUUGGACGCCAGCUGAAAUCUUUAACGGUGGUGCAAUUGUUCAUGACACGACUGCAAAUGACGAUGUCACAAUUGGACAAGGAACAGAAAAAUCACCAUCCAGUCGCGCCUGUUGUUCCUCAUCCUAAGCGGAAGCCAAUAUCUUUUACGGUCGAUUCCAUUCUAAGCGACAAUGGACAACGUUCACCUUCACUAUCGCCGCGAUUGUCCGACUCAUCCUCGCCAAUUUUACCAGAGGAUGGCGAUAUCAGUGGCAUGAGUAGUCCGACGGGGGAAUGUGGACAGAACACUUUCCCUUCCGGUCACGCCUGGAUUAGUCCUUCAGUUAUUCGGAAUUCAUUUUGUUCUGGAAAACCUGGUGAUCCACGACUAAUUAACGCUCAGAAGUGCGCCCUUCGCAAGCACAAGCCGAAUCGGAAACCACGAACGCCCUUUACGACUCAUCAACUUUUGGCAUUGGAAAAAAAGUUUAAAACUAAACAGUAUUUGUCGAUUGCGGAACGUGCCGAAUUCUCUAGCCAGCUUACGUUAACGGAAACUCAAGUCAAAAUAUGGUUUCAGAAUCGACGAGCCAAACAAAAGCGUAUACAAGAAGCGGAAAUCGAAAAGCUGAAGAUGCAGGCCUCUGCUAAGCCGUUUUUCCCGCCCGGAAUGGCCAUGGCCAAUGGCUUCGCAAUGCCACCAAUCUUUUCACAAGCCGGCAGUUUGGCUUCCCUUGCGUCCACCCUGCCUCAACAGAUUCCGGUGACGUCGGCAUCCUCAGCAUUUCUUCCGCCCCCGGGAUUUAGCUUAUUUAAUCCAUUUGCCCAGCAUCCGAUGAUGUUUCCGCCACGAUAACCAGAAUGUGCACUGUGCAGUGACCUUUCAAUUGUGUAAUGAAAAUUGUUAUACUUAUUACCGUAUGUAUACAAAUGUAUUAUGGAUUUACCUUGGCUGUUAUGGAUUCUGUAUUUCCUCUUGUUUUAAAAUCAGAAAAUAUGUUUGAAGUGAAUUAUUGGUAUUAUUCCCAACUUGUAUUAAAACCCUGCUU